AUGAAUCAAUCCAGGCGUGAAUUUCUUCAGUUGAGUUGUUUGAGUCAUUCUUUGCAGUUUCAUUCAAACAAAUAUAUGUUUUUACAAUGUUAUUUCAAUCAAUCAAUCAAUCAAUUAAUCAAUCAAUCUAUCUAUCUAUCUAUCUAUCUAUCUAUCUAUCUAUGGUUAUUUCAAUCUAUCUAUAUAUCUAUUUGUCUCUAUCUAUCUAUCUAUCUAUCUAUCUAUCUAUCUAACUUUCUUAAACAUAUCUACCUAAAAUAUAUUCUAUCUAAAAUUAUAUCAAUCUAUGCAUCCAAGUCUGUUUAUAUCUAUCUAUCUAUCUAUCUAUCUAUCUAUCUAUCUAAUAUGUUAUAUAAAUUGAUCUAUCUAAAAUUAUUUCAACCUAGCUAUCUAUUUCUUUCUAUCUAUCUAUUUAAGAUUAUUUCAAUCUAUCUAUCGAUAAUUAUUGCAAUUUAUCUAUCUAAUGAUCUAAGUUUAUUUAAAUCUAACGUUAUUUUUAUCUAUCUAACGUUAUUUCUAUCUAUCUAUCUAUCUAUCUAUCUAUCUAUCUAUCUAUCUAUAUAUAUAUAUAUAUAUAUAUAUCCAUUAAAGAACACAAGAUCUAUCUUUCUUUUGAAGUUGGACACUACCUACCUACCUACCUACCUACCUAUCUACCCAUCUAUCUAUCUAUCUAUCUAUCUAAGGUUAUUUCAAACUUUCUAUCUCAGUUUAUUUAAAUUUAAGUCAUUAUCUAUCUAUCUCUCUGCUAAUAUCUAUCUAUAUCAGUUUUUUCAUGGCUAUCUAUCUGUUUGUUCAUAUCUAUCUAUCUAUCUAUCUAUCUAUCUAUCUAUCUAUCUAUCUCAAUUUGUUCAUAUCUAUCUAUUUAUCUAUCAGAAUAUUAACACGUGA